UGUUUUUAAGAGUUUAUUUUACUUCUCAGUAUCCUCUUCUGAUUUUGUUAGUAAUAAACUCACUUUGUACCUCUAAGGUGAGCCUCUUUUGCCCUUGGAGUGUUUUCUCCCGGUCCUUAUCUCAACUCAUGAACCCUUUGUUAACUUUUUCUCUCCUCUGCCCAGCUGUGGCAGGGGAGGGUGAGUGAACAACUUCCAUGGAUGCCUGGUGUUUGGCCAGUGACAAACCAUGACACCUGACUACAGUGCAAGGGAUUGUAAAGCAGCCUCCAGUGCUGCCACCUGAAGCUGACAAGUGGAAAGCUUCAGGAGAAAGCUUAUCUUAUGCCUGAGAGUGCCUAAGUGAUCCCUUUGGGUGUAUGGUCCAGCUGCUCCCAGCACAGAUCAAAACACUGCUUUUCCCAGUGUUCUUGAGAUAAGGCUCUGCCCUCCCCUAUAAAGGCAGGCACAAGCAGAGCGAGGUGCAUGAACAAGUCUGCCUGAACUGACCAUGCCUGCGAGGGAGCUGCUGCUGCUGCUGCUGGCGGCAAUGGUGACUCUCAUUGCUGCCAGAGGGGCAGAGAUGAAUGAAGGGAGUGGCCUGAGAAGGCCGGUGUGUGAAGACCUGGUUCACCUGCAGGCCUGCCCCCUCCUGUACUUGCCCAUUUGCGGGAGCGAUGGGAAUACCUAUGCCAAUGAAUGCCAGCUCUGUGUGGAAAAAAUGAAAACCAGGCAAGACAUCCGGAUUUUGAAACACGGGGAGUGUCAAGAUACCUGAGUUUUCUGAUAGUUUUCCUGAGCCUAGAAACAGGUGAUUAAUUGAUCCUGUAUGCUCUGUGCUGAUUGGACAUUUAUGCUACCUAUGGUGAAUAAUAAAAUGACAUGCACGAUCUUGA